CCUUCCUUAUCAUGUGACAUUUCCACUGCUGGGGUUCAGAUUGCGCUCGUUGUCUCACCUAUGAUGAGCACGUUGUCCACCUUACACAAUGGAUUAAACCUGGAGUUGUGAAUAGGUGUAAGUUUGACUACUUUACGAAGCUGAUUUCUUAAGGGAGGGAAACGCGAAAAACAAGGCAUGAUUCAGAGGACAGAGCUGGUGCUCUCGGUCUUGGGUGAGCUGCAGGAGGCCACAGAGUGCAUGGGUCUUGAUGCUUUAACUAAAGUUGCUGUGGAGGUGGAGCAGGUCCUGGCCCCUUUGCAUCUUCCUACAGCACUCUGUCCUGAGAUCUCUUUAUGGCUGGGCAUUGACGCAGUGGCUCACAGACUGUACCCAGCAGAUGCACCGACGGGUUUACUUCCUCUGGUCUGCAAAGGAGAAGGAAACCUGCUGUUUGAUGCAGCUAGCAUGCUUCUGGUGGGCUCUACGAGCCUGAGUCUGGAGCUGCAGGUCAGAACUGUGGUGGAGAUGCUGCUUUGGAAGAGAUACUACCUGUGUGGUAUGAUUGACUCAAAGGUCAUGCUGCAAGCGGUUAGGUUUUCGCUCUGCACCGAGGAGUCUCAGGACAUGCUCAAUCUGCCGAUUCAAGUGCUGGAAGCCAUCUUUGAUGCCGAUGUCAAGGCCUCCUGUUUCCCCGGCUCAUUUGCGAACAUGUGGCACGUGUAUGCGCUGGCAUCCGUCUUGCAGUGCAACAUUUAUUCGGUUUAUCCCAUGUACAAUUUAAAAAUUCGGCCCUAUUUCAAUCGGGUCAUUCGCCCGAGGACGUGGUCGAAAGAUGGUGGGUCCUUGACCCUUCACAUCAUGUGGUCGGGUGACUUGGAGGCAGGCUCUGUUUUUAAACCCCACAACUUUGUGGCCUUAAUUCAUGCGAGCGACCUCAAAAUCGGGAGUCCCAACAGUGAGCAGCGAAUGUCCUCGGUGAAGUCCAUGGAUCUUCUGAAUCAGGACUCCCAGCUGUCUUACCCCAACCUUAAAGACAAGUUCAACAUCACCAAAAGUACCUUUUACCGCUGGAAGAGGCAAAGCAUCGAGUAUCACAACAAAUCGGUGGCCAGGUAUGAGGCCAAACACUUUUUCCUGACAUCCUACAAGCAAGGGAAGCUUAUUCCCCUCAGCCAGUUCAAACAGCUUUUCCCGGAAAUUCCAAGAUCCACUUAUUAUGCGUGGAAGCAAGAGCUUGUGUCCAUUUGCAGUGUCUCAGGUGGCUCCAUGGGGGAGCUGAGUCCUGCAGACAUCACUGAACAGGAAUACUGGUCCUCACCUGAAGUCAAGAAGGAGCCCAGCCAAGGGACCUUUGCUAGCGUGUCGGCCUUCAAAUGUGAGAAACUGGAAGGAGAACGUGCACAAAAUGUGGCUUUGAUGCAGGAGGCGAAAAAGAGCUUGCAGAACUGCAUCGUUGCAAACAUGGCGUUCCCCUACAGAAUUUUCAAAAGAAGGUUUCCAGGCAUCUCCAGAUCCACAUACUACAAUUGGAGGAGGGAAGCCAUGCUGUUUACGCCUUUCAAAGAGCUCUCGGGUAGCAGCGAGGAAAGCUCAGAUGCUGAUAAAACACAGAGUCCCAGAGGUCACGUGUCCCCUGCUAAGUUUGACAGACAAAAACUGUCACCCAGAGUGAAGAUCUCCAGACACAAGCAAAGAAGCCUGAGGCUGGUGUACCACCAGAGGAAAACAUUAAGAGAAGAAGCCAAAAUGCUGAUCCAGAGGUCAAAGAUGUCCUUCAUCAAAUUCAAGCUCAAGUUCCCUUCGGUUUCCUCCUCUUUCUACUGGCUCUGGAGAGAUUCUUUGAACAGGAAAACCAAGAAGCCAGUCAUGAUGUCUGAGACGCAGAGAUCCCAGAGCUUGGCUGUCUCAACAGGUGUAUUUGAAAAUAUAAAUACUCAAAGAACAUUUUCUUUUGAUGGGAACAUGGUUUGCCUGAAUGGACAGAAAGUUUGUCCCUCUGAAUUCACACUGCCUGAAUACUCCCUGCCUGACCAGUCUAGGAAUGAACAGAUGUUUGUGAUGGAUGUCGUGGCACUGGCCAAUUUCAAGGCCAAAGCAAAGCUGUUCUUGCAACAACGCUUUGAAGAAAAGUCCUUCCCCACAUUCAGAGAAUUCCGGUCUUACUUUCCUCUUACUCCUCGUUCCACAUACUACAUGUGGAAGAGGGCUCUGCAUCACGGGGUGCCAUUAAUUCAUGGCUGAAUGUUGUGUUCUAUCCCUCACAGCUGUGAAGUCCUGUAAAUAAGUCCAGUUUUUUAUAGUUCACAAUGCAUUGUUCUUUUGAGUUUGACUGUGUAUUUUUUGAGUCACCCACAUAAUUGCAGUUCAUGCAUCUUAAUUAUUUGUCCCAUUCCUUUAUUUGACCACUUGGUUCUAGCUCAAGGACAUUUGCGUGUGUGUGAAGUCAGACAGUCUUUGUGUCCACCUACAGUAAGUGCUGAUGGCCUCCAGGCAAAAGGCAGUUCAAAGACAUUUUCAGGAUCUCAAAUGCCUCUUUUCUGACCACCAACCCCCUUAUAUUUACAAUUUAAAUUAGUUCAAAGUUCUGAUUAGGGUCAUUUUAUUUCUUUUUUUAUUUUCUUUAAAUUGUUUUUGAGACUUUUUUUAUUUCUAUAUAGUUUUUGUUCAGUUUAAACUGUGAAAUUACAGCUGAUGAUUUUUCUUGAACAAAAAAAAAUGUAUAGUAUUUUAAUUCGUACCCUGGAGUGUUCUUUCUUUUCUAUUUCUUUUUUUUUCUACAUAUAUAUUUUUAUACUGACAAUUUAAUGUUAUCUCUGCUUGGGAAAUCUUUAUGUGGCCAAUUUAAAAUGGAUUCCUCACGUUUGAAUGUUACAGAAUUGUUGCUGUUUUGCACAUUCUUUUUGAACAUGUUUCUUGGUUUCUUUCCUCCUUUUUUUUGCUGCCGCUGAAGGGCAAUCUCACUUGAUUCUGUUAGUGUUUUCUAAGGUUUAACUACUUUACUGACUUCUCCUGCUUCACCAUUAUAGUGUUAUGUAACUCUCGAUUAAACAUGAGUUCACAAUGUGCUCCCUGGAUGAAUUUGUUAAGCACAAAACUAAUUUUGUUAAUUUCAUUAUGUUGAGCAUCUAAUGUAUGAGACCAGUUGCUAUGUGCAAUAAAACCUGUUCACUGUUAUAUACCCAA